GUAAAUUUUAGUACAGGAUAAUCAGGAUGAAAAGAUGGCAGCCAUGCUGUUACCAACGGGUCCUGAUGGCUUGCGCCGGUUCACUCGCGAAUCCCUGGCCGCCAUCGAGCAGCGGAUUGCCGAGGAGCAGGCCAAGAACGCCAAGGAUUACCAGGAGGAUCUGGGCAACGUGGAGCUGCCCAUGUCCAGGCCCGACCUGGAGGCCGGAAAACAACUUCCACGCAUCUUUGGUGACAUUCCCCCAGGACUGGUUGGGGUACCUCUGGAUGACAUCGAUCCCUUCUACUUCAAGAAUCAGAGGGUGAGUGUGGGGUAG